AAUGUGGUAUGGCCACUUUUGCUGACUUUAUAAAGUUAGAACCGGAAAAAGUACCGUUUUAAAAGGACUUGUGCUCGAUCUACCCGUGAAUUCCUAUUUUGUAACAUAUGCAGUGUGUAUAUAUUGAGUUUAAUGGAAAUUGAGGGUUUUCCUGUGGAAUUAUCGCCGGCCAAAGCCCGCACAUCGGAUCUUUAGUGUGGUGCAUGGCCCUCUAUUGAAUCGUACGGCUUUUGUGACCCUAUAGAAGCACGGGUGUACAGAAUAACCGAGAGAUCUCUUCGUUCUGCAGCCAAAUACUGGAACAAUUUUCUCUUUCUUUAACAACGGCUGAUUCCACAGUCUGGUGGUCUUUCCGAGAAAGACAGUAGUUGAACUUAGAGUAGCUUUGUCCCGUUUUACCGCCAGUUUCUCAGAGUUUCGAGUUGGUGUAUGCCGGGUAUUUCAAUUGUCAUCCAUGCCUCUAUUGAACAGAAAGCCGUUUACCCCGGAAAAACCUCCAAAGGAUCUAAAACCUAACGAAGAAGUAUUCGUGUGCACUCACACAAAUGAAGUCUUCAGAGAGUACGAGGCAUUCUUCAAGAGAACUAUUCUUUGUAAUAGUUUAGUAUGGAGCUGCCGAUUUACUGGGAAGUCUGGCUUAACAUACGAAGAAGCCGAGGAAUCCGAGGAGGAUAUAAUUGCUAUUGGCGAAAGUUUGUCUGCUCCGCUCCGUCAAGCGGUCUUGACUUUGGUACAUCACACACAUCGUGGCAAGCUCGCUAAUUUAUGCGAUGAAGUUUUCUUCUACUUAAAAGACCGAUUCCAGGAGGGAGAAGAAGUCGAACUUCAGCACAAUGAUACAAAGAGGACUGGAGUUAUUCAAAGAGUCAUAGAACCAGGUGAAAUGGUAAAUGGCACAGCAGACCCAUUCGAUUCCCCUAAGCAAAGCAAAACUGAAAAUGAGUCAUCUUCUGGGACACCAUCAAAGUCGUGUAAGGAAAGUACUCCUUCCAAGAAACGUAAAGAUAGUCAAGAAAGCAGAAAAUCUCCAGGGAAGGGUCGCUCUAGCUCUGAGAGUGAUAAAAAACAUAAAGGAAGCACAGGUGAUAAAACACCUAACAAAACUCCCAAAUCACCCAGGGCCUUAAAAAGUAGCACAAAUGAUGAUGUUAUCAUAAUUGAGGAUGAUGACGAUGAUGGAAAAGGAAGCAAAAAAAGUAAAGGAGUAGGGACUGCUGGCUCACCCAAAAAGAAGGCUGCAUAUAAUUGGCCGAGUGCACAAGACUAUAAAUAUGCUGUGAAACUUAAUCCUGAAACGGUUUCUAAAAAGAAGGAUGUCAAGAAGGCAAAAGACGAAAUUGUAAUUGUCAGUGGAAGCUGUCUAAGUCGCAAGAGGGGAUCUUUCACAAGAGACAAACUCAAGAAUUUUCUGCGAAUUUCCUGUAUGCGCAGCACAAUAUCCUCAGAUGAUGGCUACUACAUUGUUGAGGAAAAGUACCGAAACAAGUAUGACCUUGGCGAUCCGCCAGUAUUUUCUGAUUCCCCUUCAAAGAACAAGGAAUCUAAAUCCAAGAAAAGAAAGAAGUCAGCAACUGGAGGUGAGGGUAAGGAAGCCCCUGCAAAGAAAAAACAGAAACACAAUGAUGGAGACGCACCAAAGAAGUCCAAGAAAAAACUCACACAUGAAGAGAAGCUAAAAUUGGCAGAGGAAGAGAAAGAGAAAAAAAAGCAGCAGAUCCAAGAAGACAAGGAAAAGAAGAAGUUGCAGAAAGAGAAAGAUCGAGCUGUAGAACGAGAGAAGAGGGAAAAGGAGCGAGUCCAGAAGAAGCUUGAAAAAGACAAGGAAAGAGAGCGGCAGAGAGAGCAAAAGAGGAAAGAAGCCCUCUGGUACAGAGAGUGGAGUCGCCCUAGAGAGGAUUUGCAGCUUGAUGACUUAAAGGACCUACCCAACCCUAUUCCUGUGAGGGUGAAGUUCCCUUCACAUCUGUUUGGUGAUGUUGUCAUGGUUCUGGAGUUCCUGAAUGUCUUUGGGUCUCAGUUUGACAUAAAAGAUGACUUCCCCUCAGGCCUUACAUUUGCUAUGCUUGAGGAGGCGCUGACAGAACAUGAUGCAGAAGGUGUGUACUACGACUUGUUGCAGUUCUUGCUUGGUGCUAUCCUGCGCACACACAUGGAUGAAGAGGAAGACGAAGGCCUUCAGACUGCAGCCGAUGCAAAGUCAGCACUUCAGAUAGAAGACGAAGAUGAGCGCAAGGCAGUGGUAUCUCAGUCUGCUGUGAUGGCAGCCGCAUGGCCUCUGCUGCACCAGGGAAAACCACUCCAUGAGCUUAUCAUGGACCCUUACACAUGCACCGAGCUCCUACGACUCCAUCUGCUCUCAUCUGGGGCAAGAAUAGGCUGUGAUGAUUACCGCUGGCAUGGGCGUGGUGGCUUUACCUACGCCGAUGACGUAGGUGUAGAGUUCCGUCACAGUGAGCCAGAGAUCAUCCGAUCCCUCAAGACAAGCACGGUGUAUGACUUGGGCACUGAGGAUAAAUUGAAGAUCCUCAAGGCAUUGUGUGGCCAGCUUGUCACCUAUGCCACCGCGAGGGAUUAUGUAGAAGAAGGAUUUGACAGAGUGCGGAAGGCUCGCCGCGAAUGGUUGUCGGACCAGUGGAAAGAUCAGCGUCGUGAGAAAGAAGAGGCUGCCGCCAAGUGGAAGAGAAAAGUCGAGGAGCGAGCGAGGCACAAGGAGGAACAGGAGCGACUCAAGAAAGAGAAAGAAGCAUCGAAGGAACCAACCGGACAAACGAAGAACCCAGAUGAGAAUUCCAAGAAAAGCGACUCCAAGAAAAAGAAAUCAAACGAAUCCGAGAGAGCAACGACGGGUAAGGAAGUUAAAGAGACCACCAAAGAUGACGACAACAAAGAAAACGAGAGCUUGGCAGACGAAUCGAUGUUGACACAAGAGGAAGAGGAGGCCCGCGCACAGGAAAGGAAGCUGGAGAGAGAGCGACGUGAUAAAGACUAUCUAGAGGAGAUAAGUAAAGGCACAGCCAUGAGUAAUGUGCAGCCGUUAGGGAGAGACCGCAUGUAUCGCCGCUACUGGGCCUUCAGGUGUCUCAAGGGGUUGUUUAUAGAAGAUGACGAGCCGGAGUUGCCCCAGUAUCUGGAAACAAUAGUGGAGGAAGAGGAGGAUUUUGAGGAUGACGAAGAGAGCGAGAGUGAUGAGUACGACGAAGACAAUAAACAAGAUGGUGAGCAGCAGCAGACAAAGAACACUUCUACUGACAACAAGGAGACGGCUGCGGAAUCACGGAAACUCAACAGGGACAUCAACAAACUCAUGAAAGAUGACAUCCCUACCAUCACACUGACAGAAACCGAGAGGGAAGAGAUGCUCAAGAAUGUCAAGAAAGUGUCUGAGCGGGAAGUGACCAAGUGGGCGUUUAUUAGCAGCCCAGAGGACCUAGAGAGCCUCGUAAGCAACCUGAACCCCCGAGGGCACAGGGAGAGGGGCUUGAGGGAGGCCCUGCAGAGUGACCUCAAGAAGCUAGCGACCUCAGUGAAUAAGUGCCCCUUUAGGGACGUGAAUAUCGUGCAUAAGAAGGAGAAUAAGCCCGUGCGGUCACGCCGAACACGUGGUCAACAAGGAGUUGAUAAGAGCCGGUAUACCUCCAUGGAAGACUUCGCAGAGGCUAACCUCAGAGACCAGAUUCUGGACCUGGAAGAUCGGAUCUGGCAGGGUGGGCUGGGUGUGAUUGGAGUGGAGGAUAGGAUGGUGUGGAGGAAAGAGAUAGAGAAAGGGAUUUAUGAUGAUUGGGAGAUGGAGGAACUUGCAAUGUUAACCGCUAGUAAAAAAGAAGCAGAGAAACGUGAUGAGCUGGUGAAACAGGAAUCGGAAGACAGCCAGAAAUGUGACGCUGAGACUAUUAACUCUGGGAAAUUAAAAGAUGAGAAAUGUGAAUUUAAUUCGGAAAUUGGCAUUGAGAAAGAUGAUUCUUUAAAUAAAAUAAGCCCUGAAGAAAAUACGGGACAGAAGCAGGACAUGGAAAUCGAUACCGGGAUGGAAGAAAUAAGCGAAAAUGGAAAUGAUUUAAUAUCUGUUACAAAAGUUGAAAAAGUUAAUGGUUUCAAAGAGGAUUGCAACGGCCCUGAGAAAAUCGACACAAAUCAAUCGGACGACACAACACCGGUAGAUACGAAGCCCUUGACAAAUGGAGACAUCGUGGACGAUACAGAUCCAGAGCUAGCUCGGAUGGACCACAGCAAACCCACAAACUUCGCUGCCAUCCCCUCUCACUUGAAGCUAGAGCUUACUAGCAUCCAGGUUCCUGCUGUCCCGGUUGAGUCUCGCACAGGAACCCCGCUCAGCAGUGUCACCCCAACACCUUCUGCUGUCAAUUCUGCCGUCAUGGAACUGGCACUAGCUCUACUUAAGGUCGAAAAAGGCGUUGAUCCAAAGUACCUCUGCCCUCCCCUUGGAGAGGACGAGGAGACGAAGCGCCAGCGGCAGAAAGAGGCUGCAGCCAAUGCCCUUCAAGAGUAUGAAGCCAUGAUGAAGGCAGCAGCGGACGAGAAGAGCAAAGAAAAGAAAAAGCGCAAGAAAGAAGAUGAGGCGACUAGGAGUGAUGAUGGUACACAUGAAAAGACCGAGGAUUCAAUGCAGGAAGACGAAGAGAAACUGUUAUUUGCAAUCAAUGCUAUGGCAAAAGAUCUUGAUAGCAGCAAUACCGCAAGUGACACUACUAAGGAAAAGGGGAAGAACAAGGAAAAGGACAAGACAGUCCUGGAGCGCUGGGAAGAAUCCCUGACGGCCUGUACGAGUCUGUCCCAGGUAUUUGUGCACCUCAACACCUUGGAUGGCUCCAUCGCCUGGAGCAAGUCCGUGCUGAAUGCACGCUGCAAGUUGUGUCGCCGCAAGGGUGACGCAGAGAAGAUGUUGCUUUGUGACGCAUGUGACCGCGGCCACCACAUGUACUGCCUCAAGCCACCAAUCAAGCACAUCCCAGAGGGGAACUGGUUCUGCCCUGACUGUCGACCCAAGGAGCCAAGGCGGGGUGAGCGGCGUCGAAAGGUUCCUGCCCAGGAGGCGUCUGAUAGUAGUGAGGUGGAGAGCGAGUCUGAAGAGGAGAGCAACAGUGAUACGGAGGAGUAUGAACACAGCGAAAGUGGAGAAGAAGAGAGUGCUGGUGAGUCUGACCACGGUGACACGUGCGCCGUGUGUAGCGAAGGCGGCGAGCUCUUGUGCUGUGACAUCUGCCCUCUCGCGUACCACGUGCACUGCGCGUACCCCCCGCUGCGCCGCGUGCCUCGCGGGAACUGGGCGUGUCAGGUGUGCACAGGGGCAGAUGAAGACAGAUCGAGCAAGGCGCGAGUCAAGAAGUCUACUAUUAAAGAAGCGUUGAAAAAAGCAAAAGGGAAACAAAAACCGGUAAGUGCGACCAAGAAGACCAAACCUAAACAAGACAGCAGCAAAAAGAAGCGUAAACGCUCCCCUUCCCCACCUACCUCGGCGUCCCGUGAGGGGACCCGUCAAGCAAAGCGGCCGCGUUUGACGGACAGCGCCAAGUCGUCUCGCUCAGCGUCGCCCGCAACCAAGCCUGUAAAGCGCGUAGCCAAGGGGAUAGGGUCAGCCGACUCCUCACGCUCCCCCUCCCCUGUGCGUAAAGCCACGGCCAGACGUGACCCUAGACUCGCAGGGAGGCUGCUCAAAUGCGAGAAACUGCUGACCGAGUUAAUGGAGCACGAGGACGCAGAUCCCUUCGUCGGGUCCACCGGACGUGGAAAGCAAUCCGACCGAUUGAAUUUGGCCACCAUUCAAAAAAAGUUAACCAGCAGUCAAUACGGUUCUAUCGACGAAUUCCUGGAAGAUGUUCGGAAGGUUUUCAUUGACUGCGCUGAGCGCUCGAGACCGCGUUCUAAGGAGACCAAGGCUGGCGCGCGGCUCUCGGCGUUUUUUGAGACCAAAUUUUCGGACAUGGGACUGGACACAAGUGAUGUCCGGACUGUGCGGAGUAGCAGAAGGACAUAGUUGUGCCAAAAUAAUAACAAUGCCAUGAUGUGUGACGACAAGAGAUUUAACAGUGAUGUUUUGCCUUGGAAAUGUUUCUUGGCGCCGUGACAUUGAUAUGUAACGCAACUUAAGGGAUGUCACAGUGAUUAUACUGCGAUAAUGAAUCGUGGCACCGUGACAAUUUUUAGUAGAGCCAAUGCAUUCUUACGUAUUACCGUGACAUUGAUCGCUGAGAGAGUGAUGCGUGACACCGUGACAAUGAUGUGUAACGCGAACCGAUUGAUACGUAACACCAUGGCAGUGUACCUAACAGCAUAAAUUGAAAUUCUUAAACCGUAACCGUUAUUAUGUUGUGACAGUGGUGUGCGGCUCUGUGACAGUAAUAUGUAACGCAAUAGCAAUAACAAUACACAACGCUUAGAAUUGCUAAUACAGUGGAACCCUGUUCAUUAACGGGGUAUCUUUUUUGAUGAGUUAAAACUUCUUGAAAAUUUAAGCGGGACUUUGAAGACCGUCGCUAUGCUGUUUAUUUCUUCAGAUACAUGAGUUUAUAUACCUUAGAGCUUCAGAGCGGGUCUAAGAGAGAUGUUGUGGGUUACAACUUCCUAUAAGAGAAAAUACCAUGCCGUAAAAAAUGUUUAUUUCGUAUUUUCACACAAAUAAUGUCCCUUGUAUACAUACGUUUUUAGCAUUAUGAUAUAGCCUACACGCAGGCAAUAGACUGUUUUUUGUAGCGAAGAAACCCCAGAAUUUAUCAGCGUUAAUAGCCAUUAUUUCAAGACGCCGAGAUAAACAGUCCAUCGAUCGCUUGCAAGUAGGCUACUAUAGCUAUGAUAGGGGAGGGAAGAGGACUUUCUAUGGGCCACGCAGAUCAAAGUGUAGACCGGAGAAUAGUAUCCUACUUUAAAGCAGACCAUGCAGAAUCAUACACUCGAUGUCACUGUACAAAUUAAUUGUUUGUAACAUUUUAUAUAAAUACUUAUUAUAAAUGCUUAUAAAGGUC